AUGUACCAUCGAGAAGUAAAACGAAUGUUGUGUUCCGUUGCUUUUGUGCUUUCUAUCUCAACUAUCAUAAAGGCUCAAACGCUCAUCGGUUGUGAUUCUGUGAACUGCGUCACUCAGUAUAAUCCACCGACAUGCCCAAUCAAUAAUAUCACACUCUCUGUGAUCGGAAUCACUUCAUUUAAUACUUCGGCCGAUUCAUCACCAUUUACUUGGACAUUGGGGAUUCAAGAAUCCGAGGAAACAGUCGAACCUUCUGUUCCUACUACGCAUCUCAAGCAUCGCCAGACUUCUUCGUCUCCUACAGGCCCUGUUGAGCCCACUGCCACUUACUCCUUCAACAUAACAUUGAGUCGAGAUUUUUAUCUUGGCACCCCUCCGACGGUUAAUUUGACCUCAGAGUCAAACACCCAUGCAUGCGCACUAUUUUUCGAUGGAAUAGCUUCAAACUUAACAUUCGGAACUAGCGCUACGGGAACAUGUAAUGAUGCUCUUACAGCAUCUUGUGUUAAUGACCUAUUAGCUCAAUCUCAAUCUCAAAUGGCCAAAAUUUUGUCAAGCACCUCGAACACUCGGAACGAAACAGUUAUUUGCAAUACGCUACAGUCAGCCAUUAAAUCUCAAGCUCCGGCAUCUUGGUUGAGCUCCCCAAUUUCUCCACCAAGCACACCUAAAUCCCCCGAUUGUAUCCCAACGACUGGAGAGAAUUACGAGUUGUCUUUAAUCCACAACACCACAUCCUCGAGUAUAGUGGAUGUCGCUCACUUUGCGUUACUCUCGGACCUCGCAAGGGGCGAAUUUUAUGACGGCAUUACCCCGAUCCUCACAAUUUUGUGGAACGUAUCCAGUUCUAAUGAUACCUCAUCUAUUACUGCUAGUGCGGAAUCACAUUUGAGUUGUUUGAAAGUGGUAGAAAGUACGAAUGGGGAGAUUGGGGGGGACACUUCUUCACCUCCUAAAUCUGAAGGCUCGAUUAUGGGUAUAAACAGGCAUUGGAGUUGGGGGCUAGUGACGGUGAUUUGGGGAUGGAUUGUGUUUUGUUAG